AUGGCAGCCAUGGCCGCAGCCGGUUGCAUGGAGGAGCAACUAGCCGCCGCCGCGAGCGGCGGUCGCAGUCGUGUCCUGGGAGGCCGGAGGAGGCGCCUUAGGCAGCGAGGGAGGAGGCAGCACGCGGCGGCAGCAAGUGGUGCGGCGGCUGUGGCGCUGAAAAUGGUGGAUCAAGUACUGCUGACACAUUGGGCAAAUAGGAUCGAAGCUCGAGGAAACCCGCAAAAUGAGGACAUGAAUGUGUUUUUGCUUGCAAUGGAGGAAAUUAUUGAUGAUGUGCCCCCUAGUUACCGACAGAUGGUGGAUUUAUCAGAGUUUCAGAUCGGAUUUCUUAUUGACCAGCUGGAGGGGGAAUGGAAGACUUUUGCGCAAUGGUUGUGGCAAGACUGGGAAGACGACUCUCUACGUGAAUUCUGCGCAAGAAUGCGGAACGAGCAUCAGGAUCUACUCGGGGACGUUAUGGAUGAGGAGGAACAGGCAGAGAUUGCUGCAAAUCUCGCGGAUGAGGUCAUAGAUAUUAGCUCUGAUGAGGAAUCAGAUGAGGAAUCUCAGGAAGUCCAAGAUGAUGACGAAGGACCCCCGGUAGCAUCCGACAGUGACAGGGACCACAAGGAGUCAUGGAUGGUGAAUACACGAAGGCUACGGGACGCAGCUCAUGACGUAAGUGGAAGAAGAGAAGGAAAUAAUCUCGAAGAUCAGGAUGAUCGCAGGAAUCACUCAGGAGGGAACAGAAGAUACGUCGGGGAAUCGAGCUCCAGUGAGGACCGAUUUGAGCGAAUGGAGCGAUUUUUAGAAAAUAUGCUAACAUACGUGAGUCGAGAGGAGCCUACGCGGCACACGACCACAGCUUUGGAGCGAUACCGACAUUUGAGACCCCCUGUGUUCAAAGGAAGGACAGGCGAUGAUCCUAGCUCAGCCGAGUAUUGGCUGGAGCAGACCGAGAAACUACUUCAACAUCUCCAAUGCAGUGAAGAGGAGAAGGUGAGGUGUGCAACCUACACACUGGAAGAAGAAGCAGGUCGGUGGUGGCAGUCUACCGAACGAUCAUUAAUAAGGUCUCAACAGGAGCGUGAAGCUGAGAAUGAGGAUGUACCAACCUAUACUUGGGCGGGAUUCAAGGAGGAGUUUAACGCCAAGUAUUUUUCCAAGAGUUGGAAGGAAGAAAGAAUUUGGGAGUUUAUGAGGCUCAAGCAGACAGGAGAGAUGACUGUGAGUCAAUAUGAUAAUCGGUUCAUUCAACUGAUUAAGUAUGUACCCAUGUAUGAGACUGACGAGAGUCAGAAGGCACAAAAGUUUGUUUCAGGACUACAAGAACAUCUCCAACAAGUUUUAAGUGGAUGGGACGUUGAAACUUACAAAGAAGCAUUGCACCGAGCUUUGACCAUUGAGAGAAAUCUGACACGAGCCAAGAUCAUCAAGACAGAGGAAGGAAGUAAGAGCGGUAAACUAGGCAGUCCGACGACUCAACCAAGGGAUGACGGGAAGUGUCCUCGAUGUAAGAGGAAACACCCUGGGAAGAGAUGUGUCUUGCGGUGCUAUGGAUGCGGCGAAGAAGGUCACAUUGGGAGAAAUUGCCCAAAGAUCAAAGCAAUGCCCCAGGUUGGGAAUCAGGGAAAGGUGGUGUGUUACAAUUGUGGUCAACCAGGGCAUAUCUCGCGCGAUUGCUCAAAAAGACAGAAGAUGGAACCACCGAGUGGAAGUGCACAAAAUGUUCGUCCAGGCCGAGUGUACAAUCUGACUUGUGAGGACGCUGAGGCCGAUCCUGCAGUUAUUGAAGGUACACUGUUCUUUUCGAAUAUUCCAGCUCAUGCUUUAAUUGAUCCAGGUGCUACGCAUUCAUUUGUGUCGCAUGCAUCAUUAGAAGGUUUAAAAUUAGAACCUAAGGAAUUGGGUUAUCAAAUGGUAAUAGCCACUCCUAUGGGUUCAACUCUAAGAACUGCAGUAGGGUGCCGCAAGUGUAUUUUUAGUAUGGGAUCGGAAAGUUUUAAGAUUGAUUUAGUGGUAUUAGACAUUCAAGAUUUUGACAUAAUUAUCGGUAUGGAUUUCCUAUCGCUACAUGAGGCUAAAAUAGAUUGUAAGAGUAAGACCGUGAGCUUACCCAAGCUUAACAGAGAAUGGGUGGUGUUCCAGGGUCAAAGUAGGAAGACUAAGAGAGAAAAUGGCGUGAUUCUGCACACAUUGCAAUCAGCCAAACCCGAAUCAGGAAAGAAAAGUCUCAAGUUGGAAUCAGUGAGGGUCGUGAAUGAGUAUCCUGAGGUAUUUCCUGAGGAAUUACCAGGAUUACCUCCCCAAAGAGAAAUUGAAUUUUCGAUAGAUCUUAUACCAGGUACACAGCCAAUAUCCAUACCUCCGUACAAGAUGGCCCCAGCUGAGAUGAGGGAAUUGAAGGAGCAAUUACAGGACUUGACCGACAAAGGAUUUAUCAGACCAAGUGUGUCACCCUGGGGAGCUCCGAUAUUGUUCGUGAAAAAGAAAGAUGGUACCCUACGUAUGUGUACUGACUACCGACAGUUGAACAAGGUAACUAUAAAGAAUAAGUAUCCUUUGCCUAGGAUUGAAGAGUUGUUUGACCAACUCCAAGGAGCUAGAGUAUUUUCUAAGAUAGAUCUUCGGUCUGGGUACUAUCAAAUGAAGAUCAAAUAG